UAUAAAAAAAGCUCUUGUUACCGGAAAUAACUGUUCGUUUUUCUCUCCUCCCUCCUAGGUCAUACUUUUCAGAAAAAGAAUCUGCAUCCUGGAAACCAGAAGAAAAAUAUGAGACAGGGAAUCAUCGUGUGAUGUGUGUGCUGCCUUUGGCUGAGCAGGUGGAGUCCUGCUCAGGCGUUGGGUACAGUGUGUUUCAUCGUGGUGGCUUGAGGGGAACCUGCUGUUCAGAGCUGUGACUGUGGCUGCACUCAGAGAAGCUGCCCUUGGCUGCUGGUAGCGCCGGGCCUUCUCUCCUCGUCGUCAUCCAGAGCAGCCAGUGUCCAGGAGGCAGAAGAUGCCCCACUCCAGCCUGCAUCCAUCCAUCCCCUGUCUCAGGGGUCACGGGGCCCAGAAGGCAGCCUUGGUUCUGCUGGGUGCCUGCCUGGUGACCCUUUGGGGGCUAGGAGAGCCAGCAGAGCACACUCUCCGGUGCCUGGUGCUCCAGCUAGCCUCCCUGCAGCUGGGACUGCUGUUAAACGGGGUCUGCAGCCUGGCCGAGGAGCUGCGCCACAUCCACUCCAGGUAUCGGGGCAGCUACUGGAGGACUGUGCGUGCCUGCCUGGGCUGCCCCCUCCGCUGUGGGGCCGUGCUGCUACUGUCCAUCUAUUUCUACCACUCCCUCCCAAAUGCGGUCGGCCUGCCCUUCACUUGGAUGCUUGCCCUCCUGGGCCUCUCGCAGGCACUGAACAUCCUCCUGGGCCUCAAGGGACUGACCCCAGCUGAGAUCUCUGCAGUCUGUGAAAAAGGGAAUUUCAACGUGGCCCAUGGGCUGGCAUGGUCAUAUUACAUCGGAUAUCUGCGGCUGAUCCUGCCAGGGCUCCAGGCCCGAAUUCGAACUUACAAUCAGCAUUACAACAACCUGCUACGGGGUGCAGUGAGCCAGCGGCUGUAUAUUCUCCUCCCGUUGGACUGUGGGGUGCCUGAUAACCUGAGUAUGGCUGACCCCAACAUUCGCUUCCUGGAUAAACUGCCCCAGCAGACCGCUGACCGUGCUGGUAUCAAGGAUCGGGUUUACAGCAACAGCAUCUAUGAGCUUCUGGAGAACGGGCAGCGGGCAGGCACCUGUGUCCUGGAGUACGCCACCCCCUUGCAGACUUUGUUUGCCAUGUCACAACACGGUCAAGCUGGCUUUAGCCGGGAGGAUAGGCUUGAGCAGGCCAAACUCUUCUGCCGGACACUUGAGGACAUCCUGGCAGAUGCCCCUGAGUCUCAGAACAACUGCCGCCUCAUUGCCUACCAGGAACCUGCAGAUGACAGCAGCUUCUCGCUGUCCCAGGAAGUUCUCCGGCACCUGCGGCAGGAGGAAAAGGAAGAGGUUACUGUGGGCAGCUUGAAGACCUCAGCGGUGCCCAGUACCUCCACGAUGUCCCAAGAGCCUGAGCUCCUCAUCAGUGGACUGGAAAAGCCCCUCCCUCUCCGCACGGAUUUCUCCUGAGACCCAGGGUCACGAGGCCAGAGCCUCCAGUGGUCUCCAAGCCUCUGGACUGGGGGCUUUCUUCAGUGGCUGAAUGUCCAGCAGAGCUAUUUCCUUCCACAGGGGGCCUUGCAGGGAAGGGUCCAGGACUUGACAUCUUAAGAUGAGUCCUGUCCCCCUGGGCCAGUCGUUUCCCCUCUCUGAGCCUCCGUGUCUUCAGCCUGUGAAAUGGGAUCAUAAUCACUGCCUUACCUCCCUCACGGUUGUUGUGAGGACUGAGUGUGUGGAAGUUUUCCAUAAACUUUGGAUGCUAGGUACUUAGGGGUGUGCCAGGUGUCUUUCAUGGGAACUUCCAGACCCACUCCCCACCCUUCUCCCCUUCCUCUACCCGGGGACGCCGAACUCUCUCGAUAGUAUCGACAGGCUCCUUUGCCCUCUGGCUCCUGGUCAUGUUCCAUUAUUGGGGAGCCCCAGCAGAAGAAUGGAGGGGAGGAGGAGGCUGAGUUUGGGGUAGUGAAUCCCCCGGCUCCCACCCUGCAGCAUCAAGGUUGCUGUGGAUUCUCCUGCCGGGCAACUCUUGCGUAAUCAUGACUAUCUCUAGGAUUCUGGCACCACUUCCUUCUCUGGCCCCUUAAGCCUAGCUGUGUAUUGGCACCCCCACCCCACUAGAGUACUCCCUCUCACUUGCGGUUUCCUUAUACUCCACCCCUUUCUCAACGGUCCUUUUUUAAAGCACACCUCAGAUUACCCAA